AUGAUUGGUCCCCCGAUAAUUCCAGAGAAGUACGACAUUUUUCUGUUCAUGACACGUUGUCCGCUUAUUUGUUUCUUGCAGACCAUGUCAGAGAUUCAAGCGGUGAUCGAUCGCGAUUCGAGAAUGUUGAAUGUAAAGCAACUUUUACAGAUGAAACUCUUAGAAAGCCUAAAUAAGUGCCAGGCAAAUUUUGGAACCGAAGAGACGGCUUACGUCACCGAACGCAACUGUAAUGUGCUUUACCUUUUGUCGGCUGUCGAAUCUGUUCUUCUCCACGGACUUCGCAAACAGCGCAUGAACAUACCCGUUUUAAGAGAAGUCACCGAAUGGAUGAGCAAGCUGACAUUUGACAUAGGACUUAGCGUGGAAUCAGAAGACGGCCUUUGGGAAUUUCUGAAGAAAGUUCUGGACAGUGAGAUCAUGGACCGAUUUGAAGAAUUGCAACAGGUCUCGACCAACAUUGGCCGAAUUCGCUCAUGGCUGCGGAGCUGUUUUAACGAAUCGUGUUUCGAGGAGCAGUUCGGUCGUAUAUUGGGAAACCAACUUUUGCUAAGCGAGCAUUACGAAAGUUGGGCAUUUUUAAGAGACGUCGAAAUGGUUGCAACUCUGCCUCAAAUCGCUAGAGGAAUUGAUGCCAUGCGAUUCUGUUUAGCAACUGACUCAGAUUCCCUGAAUUCAGCCUUGAUUGACGAAUUUCGCGAAAUCGCCUACUCAUCCUUCUGUGACACCUCGAAGACUCCCAGCCCGUUGAUCGUUCUCGGCGACCGUUCGAAGGAAACAAGGCCCGUUCGACGCAAGGCUUUGGUCAACCUUGUUUCUCUUGACUCUAGCGACAGACUCGAUGGAAACAGUCAAAAUCCAGUUGCAGCGAGUUUCGAGGGGUCUGUUAAUGGCGAAGAUUUGUCAGUGCAGACUUUUGACUCUGACUGCAUAUCGCAGGGUGAAAUCGGUGAGUAUCGUAAACAGCGCUAUUUUACAUCCGCACCUCAUAACCGUUCAAUCCACAAGUUGGUUGAACUUCUAGAUUCCAUAGCGAACGUGAAGGCGGAUUUGUCCGCUUUGAAGGCAGACAUAAAGAAGUAUAGGCACGCCGAUCAAUGCGAAAUGGCGAAAAGUUUACAGUAA